AUGAUCUUCUGCAUGCUGCUGUUGGCCUCACUGCCUGAGCCCUCUGGCACCGAAGUCAACCCUGCUAUAUGCCGUUACCCUUUGGGAAUGCACGAAGGGACGAUAAGGGAUGAAGACAUCACUGCUUCCAGCCAGUGGUAUGAUUCCACAGGACCCCAGUAUGCACGGUUACAAAGGGAAGAGGGGGAUGGAGCCUGGUGCCCAGCUGGCUUGCUGCAGCCAGAAGAUGUACAGUUCCUCCAGAUCGACCUGCAUAAGCUCUUUUUCAUCACCUUGAUUGGGACUCAGGGACGGCAUGCCCGUGCCACAGGCAAAGAAUUUGCCCGUGCUUACCGAAUUGACUACAGCCGCAAUGGAGAGCGCUGGAUCUCCUGGAAGGAUCGUCAGGGCAGGAAGGUGAUCCAAGGCAACAUUGACACGUAUGAUGUGGUCCUGAAAGAUCUUCGGCCUCCCAUCAUUGCUCGCUUUAUCCGGGUGAUCCCUGUGACGGAGCUGCCGAUGACCGUCUGCAUGAGGGUGGAGCUGUACGGCUGUGUCUGGUACGAUGGUUUGGCAUCCUAUAGCAUUCCUGAAGGAGGGACAAUAGCGGCUCCUGGCUUCCCCAUCGUUUAUCUGAAUGACUCGACCUAUGAUGGCUACCAGGAGCGCAGGCACUUGUACGGCGGCCUGGGCCAGCUGACAGACGGUGUGCUGGGACUGGACGACUUCACGCAGAGCCACCAGUACCGCGUGUGGCCAGGCUAUGACUAUGUUGGCUGGAAGAACGAGAGCUUCAGCACGGGCUGUGUUGAAAUGGAGUUUCAGUUCGACCGACCACGGAACUUCACCUCCAUGAAGGUGCAUUGCAACAACAUGUUUUCCAAGGGGGUGAAGAUCUUCCAGAAGGUGGAGUGUCUGUUCAAACCACGCCUGAUUGCAGACUGGGAGCCUGAACCUGUUGGAGUGGCAACUGUCCUAGAUGACAAAAACCCCAGUGCUAGGUUUGUGACUGUCCCCCUCAAUCAGCAUGUGGGUAAAGCCAUACUUUGCCGCUUCUACUUUGCUGACACCUGGAUGAUGAUGAGUGAGAUUUCCUUUCAAUCAGACAUGGAGAGCGUAAAUCCUAUUUUGGUUACGGUAGCCACAAGCACAACAGAUCUCCUGGAAACAGCACACAACGUUACCGAGGGCACCUGGGAAACCACGUCUUCUGUAACCAGCACCUGGAUAGGAGAGAAGGCAGAUGAUUCCAAUACCUCCAUCCUCGUGGGCUGCCUUGUGGCUAUUAUUCUUCUGCUCCUGAUGAUUAUAGUCAUUAUUCUUUGGAAGCAGUAUGUUCAGAAAAGGUUGGAAAAGGCCCCACGCCGAAUCCUGGAGGAAGAUGCCACGGUUCGCCUCUCCUUCUAUAGCUACACCAUCGCCAACAACCAGACACAGAUCCACCAGUCAAAUCCCACCUAUGAACGUGCUUUUCCACUGGAUUUGGAAUAUCAUCAACCAGCUACACUGCUCCAUAAGCUUCCAGAGCUCUCCCAAAGUGCAGAGGAUUCAGUGUGCAGCGGGGACUAUGCUGAGCCUGACCUGACCAAGUCUACUCCUCACCAAGGCUUUCAGAACAAUGUUCCUCACUACGCUGAAACGGAUAUUGUCCACCUCCAAGGCGUGACAGGCAACAACAUGUAUGCAGUCCCAGCCCUCACCGUGGAUUCACUCACCAAGAAGGACAUCUCAGUAGGCGAAUUCCCACGGCAGCAGCUACGACUCAAGGAGAAGCUGGGAGAAGGACAGUUUGGAGAGGUGCACCUCUGUGAAGCUGAUGGCCUGCUGGAGUUCCUGGGGGUCUCUUCUUCAGAAUUCACUCACCAGCCGGUUCUAGUAGCAGUGAAGAUGCUAAGAUCAGAUGUCAACAAAACAGCCAGAAAUGAUUUCCUGAAAGAGAUCAAAAUCAUGUCACGGCUGAAGAACCCAAAUAUCAUCCGGCUUCUGGGGGUGUGCGUGCGAGAUGACCCACUGUGCAUGAUAACAGAGUACAUGGAGAAUGGAGACCUCAAUCAGUUCCUGUCACAGAGGGAGAUCUACAGUAAAUUUGCAAUUUCAAACAACAUUCCCUGUGUCAGCUACUCCAACCUGCUGUACAUGGCCACCCAGAUUGCCUCUGGAAUGAAAUAUUUAGCAUCUCUGAACUUCGUGCACAGAGACCUGGCAACUCGCAACUGCCUGGUGGGAAACAACUACACCAUCAAGAUCGCAGACUUUGGCAUGAGCAGGAAUCUUUACAGUGGGGAUUACUACCGUAUCCAGGGCAGAGCAGUACUGCCGAUACGUUGGAUGGCCUGGGAAAGCAUCCUCCUGGGCAAGUUCACCACUGCCAGUGAUGUCUGGGCAUUUGGGGUCACACUCUGGGAGAUGUUCAUACUGUGUAAGGAGCAACCUUACAGCCUCCUCUCAGAUGAGCAAGUCAUCGAGAACACGGGAGAGUUCUUCCGGAGCCAGGGAAGGCAGAUCUAUCUCUCCCAGACUCCUCUGUGCCCUAACCCUGUGUUUGACCUGAUGCUGAAAUGCUGGAGCAGGGAUAUAAAAGAUCGUCCCACUUUUGACAUGAUUCACCACUUCCUGCUAGAACAAAUGGAAUCAAACAUUUGACUCCAGAAAAAGAGACAAACUGUUGAGAACAGAGUGACUCUGGUGUCUCUUUGCCUGUACCUCACAGGAAGAUGGUCAGGCCACCUUGCUCUCCUCCCUUGACUGUACCGUAUUUAAUUGAGACGUCCAUGGCAGCUGCUCGUUCUAUUGGCCAUGGUCUGACGCGCAGGACCAGAGGAUCUCAUUUGGUUGAAAAAUCAUCUCCUCUUCUGAAUCAUUUCCUGGGAAUACUGUGAGAGGGGUUUUGUUAGAUACCCACACGCCUUUGGGAAAGACGAAUGAGUAAAACUUUACAAGGGACUUGGAGCUCUCUCCUGGUUGGAACAGAAAGGCGCCAGCCUGAGUGAGAGCCACAAUUCAAGAACGGAUUUGUAGGAGUAAAGACUUCAGUCUUCUAAAACUAUUCCAUUAAAUCAAAUGGAAGUCUUGUGCACAUUAGCAAGUGUUUCUGUAGGCUCUUGCUAGAGAUGAUAUGUAUAGUAAGAAACUAGAACUGACUAGAGCUAGGAAAUGGUUUAACAGACUUGAGAACUGACGGAGCUGGAUUUAGCAACCCUUUGGAAGUAAUGCUACCAGGGUCUACGGAGGAUGCUGAUAGAGUCCAAGAUCAUGUUCUUUUUUCCUGUGGUUGUUAAGCACUGCUUUUGUUAUAUAUGUGCAUUUUCCCCACACUGGAUUUUUUUUUUCUAGAAAAAAGAAAAUUAAAAAAAUGAAUGUUAAAGGUCAUAGGAAGGUCACUACAGUAGAUCUUCUCUUGACCUGCAAAUUAAGGCUAGGGUAGGGAGUUUGUAUUGAAAAGUAGCUGAUACUGUACUACUGUCACUACGUAGAUUUAUUAGCCUAAUGAACUUGUAGCCACAAUGGACUGAUGUGCAAUUAAUCCUGUAUAAGUACCCAUUAAUAUGAGAUCUCUAAGUCGAUGCUGUUAAGUGUGCAGGGGGAACUUAGAUUUGGUGAAAGCGAAUGGCUGAGAGCAGCCCCCGCUAUGUCACUCGUCAUAGCUCACGUGAGAGGAAAAGGAACAGGGCACGUGCCAUCGCCGGCACGCACCUGCGCACACACUCGCAUUUAUUUCUAGCAUCUGCAGUCCCUCUUCAGGUCUGCAGCAGGUUUAGCGCUGUCAGCCAGGCAGAUGCACUUCGGCCCAGGCUCUGUUACUGCUGUGAUCAAAUCUGGCAUCAGGGUGGGACUGCCACAUCCCGCCAGUUCUGAUCAGGGUGGCUUCGCGUCUGAUUUUGGAUGCUUCCUGUACAACACGAGACAACUUGCUCCUUGAACCGGGGUUGUCUUUUUGUUUGUUGUGUCACAAAUGGCUCGUUCUCUGGAGUAUUUUAUAGGGCUCUGAAAUACCCUUGGAGUGGGUCAGAGAAUUCAGCUUGUUUCUACAGUACAUCCAUUGUGGAUUUAUCAGGUGCCUGGGGAAUACUCUGCUAUUCCCUUUGUAACUGUUUAGCAAGAUAUUACGGACCAAACCGAGUAUUUCAUAAGCUGGGAGGUUAAAGUUCAGCACUUUUUGUUUUGUUUCUUUGUUUCUUAUUUUUCCAAACAGCAUCCAGUAUAACAUGUAUUUCCAGUAAAGGUUGUAAAGAUAAUUCCUAUCUUGGCCAGCAGCAUAGUGUUCACUGUGCUACGAGCUACAUCGUGUCUGUGCUACGAGCUCUGUAAGCGGACACCGCUGACGGAGGGAAUGCCAAAACAGCUCUAAUAAGAGGAUAAUUAUGGCUGUUACGUUGAAAGAGAAAACCUGUCCCUGCGUUGGCAGACGCCAGGACUGAGUGUGCUGUGUCUGCUCCCCAGGCAGAGCAAAGCUGGUCCUGAAGCUUCCCAGCUGCCCCCAGUUGUCCUGCUGCAGGUCGCUGUGGGAGUCCCCGGACUGUGUGUAGGCAUCGCGGUCUGGGCUGGUCCCCUGAGCAGCCUUCCUGUGAUGGAGCACGAGGCAUCUCGUGCCCUGCGAGGGCUGCACGGGCUCGGGUGGCUCUCACCACAAAGCAGGUGUUUGCCCCCUUCGACCGAGGGGCUCUGGGUGAGCUGCUGCUGCCACACGUGUGUGCUGUAAGUGCCUGGCGUGGGGACAGGAGUCAAAGCUGUUGUGGUCAUGUAUGCAGCCAUGCGUUGGUGUUAUUGCUGGAGAGUUUCCAUCCUGUCCUGGAAAACAGAGCCGAGUAAUACACAGCCGUGUGCGUGACCUCCUGUGUUUUGGAGUUCAGAGGUUCCAGAACGCUGUAAUGUCACCUGGGUGGGCUUUGUCCUUCUGUUAUGUCAGGACGUGCUGUUCCUCCACUGACAUACUGACAUACGAAGUUUCUCUCAUAUCAAUAAAUUCUAAUGAUAACCUUGACAAAA